GCGCGCGAGCCGUACGCGCGUCCGUGCGGCGACUGACGCGACGUUGCUAGCUUUUCAGAAAAAAAUACCAGAUUCGACCUUCUUAGGACCCCGGUUUUUUUUUGUUUGGCCGCGUUAUCAUUCGGGAACGUGUAUUGGGGUCCUUAUCCGUUAGUGAGAUGGUGUUGCUCGUUCGCAGGUGGACUAUACGUGUAGUGUUUUAGUGAUAUGGUGUGGUCUACUCCUUCGGGGGAGGUGUUGAUAGACAUCGUAACAAGGCCCGGGCAGACGGAGCACGGGCACGGCGGCGGCGCGCUGGCGUACGGCGGCAAGCCGGCAGGGGCUGGGGCUGUGGUGGCGCCGCCGCAGCCCCGCGCCACAGCCGCGCCCUACGCGCCGCAGUACUCCCCACAGCUCCGGCUCCAUCAGCCGGGGUAUGGCUCGGCGGCGCUCACAUACAGGGACGGCGGGUAUGUGCGGGGCGGGGGCGGCAGCGCGGCGGGCGAGUACCGGCCGGGGACCCGCGUGUCGCUGCUGGGUGGGCCCUACAUCCCCACGCCUGUACAGCAUCCCUCUCCGGCUGAUCCUCCGCCCUUCAAGAAGAUCCGGUUCGGUGUCGAACGGUCGCCCGCCACCGCGCUGCCACUGCACCAGCCACUCAGGGUCGACACCAGGGAGCCGGUGAACUCGUAUAGCACGGUGGACCUCUCGCCGAACCCGCCGUCGGAGUCCACCGAAGACCAGAGCUUCAGAACCACCAAGGAUGACCUGCUACAGCAGAUAUCUAAGGUGGACCGUGAAAUGUCGCUAUCGGAAGCGACGCUGUCGAAGCUCAAGAAGAAGCAGCAGGAGUUGGAACAGACUGCAUCCAAACCGGCGCGGGCAGAAGAGCCGGAGGAAGCGCCGCCCAGACACAGGAGUUUGGCGCAGUGCGUCUACGCAGACAACAGGAAAAAGGCCGCAUCGGCACACGGGCAGCUGACGCACCUGGGCCCGGCGCCGGCGGCGGUGCCCCCCGCGGCGCCCCCCGCCUCCCCCUCUGCGGAGGAGGGGGCGCCCGCGCCGGAGGUGACCCUCCCCUCGCCCCCCUCGCCGCUCUCCCCGCGGUAUCCCCUCUAUCCGCUCUACAACCAGCCCCAGGACACGGAGCAGUACCACGAGAACAUCCGCAAGCAUCGCCUCUUCAGGAAACCCCUCGCGGAACACAUCCGGCGGCUGAAGCAGGAGGCUGAGAUGCGUGAAGAUUUAUUAGCGGAGGCGUAUAGCAGACGCGCGGCUGACUGGCUGAGAAGAGUGGAAAGGAUAGAACUGGGCCAGAAGAGGAAAGCCAAGGACGCGAGGAAUAGAGAAUUUUUUGAAAAGGUGUUUCCCGAGCUUCGGAAGCAGCGCGAGGAGAGAGAACGGUUCAACCGGCUCGGAGCGCGCGUGAAGUCGGAAGCGGAGCUGGAGGAGAUCGCAGACGGGCUCCACGAGCAGGAGCACGAGGACAAGAAGAUGCGGUCGCUGACGGUGGUACCCCCCCUAUUGAGGGACCCCACCGACACGCGGCCAGUCUACGUCGACACCAACCGUCGUUGCAUGGACAUGGAGGCGGAACAUAAAGAGCUCCAGCUCAGGAACGUGUGGUCGCAGGCGGAGCGGGAGGUGUUUCGGGAGAAGUACCUCCAGCAUCCGAAGAACUUUGGUCAGAUAGCAAGCUUUCUGCCCAGAAAGAGUGUACGAGAUUGUGUUAGAUUUUACUACUUAUCAAAAAAGGCUGAAAACUACAAACAACUGCUGAGGAAACCUCGGCAGCGGCGCUCCAACCGCAACCCGGCUCGGCCUGCACCGGAGCCCGAGCUGCCUGCCGGCGUCACCACGCGGCUGCAGCGCUCGCAAGGGUCUACUGCGCGAGUGGUAGACAAGGAUGUGAGUGUGGAAGAGGGCCUCAUGCAGCUGCCACCAACCUCGCUGCAGGGCUCUCCCGCAGCACCAGCCCACCCUGCCAGGUCGGAGUUGAUACGAACGCCGCCCCUGCCACCGUCCCCGCCACCAGCGUCGUCAGCGCCGCCCGCGCCGGUCACAGCUACCAGCAGCAGCAGCGCAGCGAGCCCCGCGCCUCCCCCAACACCCCCCUCGAUCCCCAUACUACCCUCUAUCGCAGACACCCCGCUACCGCUGCAACCGCCGCCGUCUAUAGUCGAAGUCCUCGUCAGUUCUACACCCAUUGCUCAGUUGGCGCCAUCAAUAAUCGUGACGUCGACACCAGCGCCGACGUCGUGCGUGACGUCAUCGGUGACGUCAUCAAUGACGUUGCCGGUGUCGGGCGCGGGAAGCAAACCGCCGACGCCGCAGCCAGCGCAGCCGCCGACGCCCACGCAGCCGCCGCCCACACCGGAAGCCGCUGCGACGGAGGUGGUCGUCGGCGCGGACAAUACGAGCGUGGGCGGAGCUAGUGCGGGCUCGUGCGCAGUUUGCGGGGCGAGCGGCGCGUGGCGCGCGGUGGCUCGGGCGCGCGCAGCUCAGUACGGGCUGCAGGAGGCGGCGGCCGGCGCGCGCGUGUGCGAGCCGUGCCACUGCCGCUGCGUGCGCGCGCGGUACACGCGCUGCACCGUGCGGGCCUGCCCGGGCCCGCGCGUGCGGGCCAAGCGCCUCAGACACCUGCCGCCGCGCUGGCACGACCUCGCGCCGGACCUCAAGCGGCCGCUGCUAGAAGAGUUCCAAAUACCGAGUGAUCUCAGCAAAUGCUGCCUGGCAUGCUUCAAGCGGAUCACGAGACGACUAGAAUCCAUGGGGGAAACCACAGAACCCUCGGAAGAGGAGGUGUCCCGAUUGAGGAGUUUGCUCAAGGAGCACGGCACGGCGUGGGAGCGGAUAGCACCUCUCUGCGGUAGAACGCCGGCCAGCCUGAAAGCAUUUUAUUUCACGUAUAGGAAAAAGUACCAGCUGGAAGCCGCGGUGGCGGAGCGGAUGGCGGGCGCGGGCGGGGCCGGGGGCGGGGCGGGCGGCGCGGGGGACGGCGCGGGCAGCUCGCGCUCCUCGGAGGGCGGCAGCUCCGGCGACACCGACUCGUGCGGGGAGUCCCCCCCGCCGCCGCCCGGCCCGCGCCGCCCCCGCGCGCGCCCGCCCGCCCCGCGCCGCCCCACGCACGACGACGACUCCUCCGCCACGGAGACCGCCGACGAGGAGACCGAGCCCAGCGCCAAGAUUUUACCACCUACAUCAAUACCGGCGCCCGCGUCGUCGUGCUCGAGCACACCGCUAGCGACGUCCGUCCCCACCAUCGCCAUCACCAGCGUCGCGGGGACCUGCACCGCGACGGGCGCGGGCGCUAUGUCCGUGUCGGUGGCGGGCUCGCAGCCGGCCACGGUGGCGGUCUCGAGUUCGAGCUCGGCGGGGGCGGGGCCGGGGCCGGGGGCGGGGGCGGGGGCGGGGCCGGGGGCGGGCCCGGCGCCGGGGCCCGCGCCCGCACGCAACGGGCCCGCGCACCACAUGUCGGUGCGGGACCUGGUGCUCAACAUGAUCGAGAUCAGCGUCGCCAAGCCGCCGCAAACCGUGCCGCCCACGAUCAAACCGCAGCAGAUCAAGACCGCUGGCGCGGGUCCGGGAGCGGCAUCGGGCUCGGCGGGUGCUGGGCGCGAGUCGCUGGCGACGCUGAGCGUGGUGAGCAGCUCGCACAGCGCGCGCAGCUCGCCGCGCUCGCCGCACAGACCCGCCACCAUCACGCCGCUGCAGCAUCAGCACCAGCACCACCCGCACCACCCUCACCAGCAGAAGGACGGCGUGGUGGUGCUGCACAUCGAGCCGCGGCCCGAGCGGCCCGAGCCGCUGCUCGACCUCAGCGUCAAGCGACCGCGCCACGACCUCACCUUCCCGCAUCAUCAGAAACCGACGUACCGGACUUCCCCGGGCGAGUACCCCCCAUAUCGGGCGCAAGCUCCAUCGGGAGCCGGACCCGGGCCUGGCGCUGGAGUCGGGACUGCAGAUCGCAAACCGCAAUCUGGUCCAGGACCGAAAGGCUCCAUCACGCUGGGCACACCGUUAUCUAUGGAGGCGCGGUACGAGCCUAAACCCGGAUCUAUCACCGCCGGCACGCCUGUGCACGCUCAUCCGCAGCAUCAGCAGCAUCCUCAGCAUCAGCAGCAUCAGCAACACCAACAACACCAACAGCAUCAGCAGCAUCAGCACGCCGACAAGAGGAACUUCGACUACUACAAGAGAAGAAGUCCGGCGGGCGCGUACUACAAUACGCGGCCGCAUUCGCCUUCUUCGUUUUCACCGCAGCAGACGGCGGCGUACUCGCGCAGCCCGUACGGGCUGGAGCAGCGGCAGAUCAUCAUGGCGGACUUCAUCACGUCGCAGCAGAUGCACGGCGGCGCGCGGCGCGCGGGCGAGCGGCCGCCGCCCGGGCCGGCCGCGCCGCCCGCCGCGCCCGCGCCCCCCGCGCCGCCCGACCGCCCCGCCUCGCCCUACGCCGCGCGCCGCGACCCGGAGCCGGUGUCCGUCAUCCAGCGCCGCACGCCGCACGUCUACCCGCACCAGCACGCGCACCCGCCGCCGCCUCCUCCCGGUCACGAGGCGUUCACGUCGCUGGUGGACGUGGCGUCGGCGGCGACGGCGCUGCCGGUGCCGCGCGGCGCGCCCGACCACAAACCCGACCACAAGCACCACGAUGCAAGGUUACAAGAUAGGCUCCAACGAGACAUGGCGAUAACGAAGUUCCACCAACAACAGCUGCAGUAUCAGAUGAUAGAAAGAGACAGAAGAGCACAGUUCCUCUCGGAGCGGGAUAGACAAAUCGCCAUGCAGAAUAGAGAAAGGGAGCGUAUGGCGAUGCAGGAGCGUCACAUAGCGAUGGAACAGCACCAGCAACACCAACAGCAGCAGCAGCACCAUCAGAACCAGAUGAUGCACGACAGGCACCACCUACAGCACGGCGGAUGUGAAAACAACCGGUCGGGGUCCGGACAGGGCGCGGGGCCGGUGGGGGGUGCGGGGGGUGCGGGGGGCGCGGGGGGCGCAUACAACACGCCCAAGUUACGCGCACUCGCACCACACCUACUUGACAGGAAGGAAAGCCGGCCUACGGUGACGGUGAGUUCUGCGGGCCCGGGCGCGGGCGCGGGCGCGGGCGGGGGCCCGGCGCCGGGGGCGGGCGCGGAGCGGGGCGCGGCGGCGGGCGCGGGGCCGGCGGGCGCGGGGGGCGCGGGCGCGGCCGUCAGCAGCGAGGCGCGGGCGCGCGCGGCCGAGGGGAAGCUGACUGCGGCCUCGCUCAUUGACGCCAUCAUCACGCACCAGAUCAGCCAGACCUCCGACACGCAGCGGUUCCCGCAAACGAUGCGCGAGUGCGACAACGGUCCGGCGAGCCAGCAACAGGACCGCGCCGCCGCCGAGCGAGACGAGGCGCAGGCCGCCGCACACACCGCCAGCAUCAAGCUGGGGGACCUCGCCUCCAACAUCAUCACCAGGGACUUCUGCAGUCCCACCACCUCCGUCAUGCACCACAAUAGCAGAUUCGUGCCAACAUCGGAAGCAUACGGCAGCGAUGAGUGGAAGCGGCGAGACGGCAAACAUGGACCAUUCCUCGAACCAGUCUCGCCGCCUGACUCUCAUCAUCAGAAUAGAAACAACAACGCUCGGCGAUACAGCGGCGCGGGCCCGGGCGGGGGCGCCGGGGCCGCGGGCGCGGGGGCGGCGGCGGCGGCGGGCGGCGCGGGGGGCGCGGGGGGCGCGGCGGGCGGCGCGGGGGGCGCGGGCGGCGCGGGGCCCGGCGGCGGCGUGCUGACGGCCUACGACUACGUCACCACGCGCAUCGUGGAGGUGAUGCGCAGCGACGCAGACGAGCGCGCCAAGCCGCUGCCGUUCCCCGGCUCGUACGCCUACCCGUACUCCGCGCUCAACGUCGCCACCGCGCCGCACCACCACCACCACCACCACGACGGCGCGUCGAGCACGAGCGCGGCACCGGCGGUGAGCGUGGGAGGCGCGCCCGAGCCCGCGCCGCUCAUGUCGGCGCAGUACGAGCCGCUCUCCGACGAGGACUGACGCCGCGCGCACUAGCGCCGCCCUCGCGCGCACUAGCGCCGCCCCAGCGCGCACUAGUGCCGCCCAGCGCGCACUAGUGCCGCCCAGCGCGCACUAUCGGUCGUGGCGACCACGGAUCCGGACGCGUGUCCACUGUUCAAACUUUACUCUCGCGUGGAC